CCUCCUCCUCCUCCUCCUUCCCGUCCCUUCUACAUUGGCUCCCGCAGUCCUCUCCUCCCCCGUUCUCAUCUCUAUUCCAUCCGUUGGGGAACUCGCCGGUCGGUUCCAAGACACGCUGCUGCCGUAGUCGUGGUCGAGUCGAGUCUCAUACGCCCCCCCCUUGGCCGCGGCCGCAAACGGUCACCAACCUCCAUCCACCAAACCACGGCGGCCUCACUGCCAUCGUGACUGCCUCAGUCGUUACCUAUCUCCUUCGCAGCACCUUCUUCGCGCUCCGUUUGGAUCUCCAUCAUUUUGCCAACCCGUCUAGCCCCAAUCAAUCAGCCGAGGCCGCGGUGUCACUCGCUUAUCGCCCGAGCCUUUUUCUUUGCCCAGCAGGAUUCCUCAAGGUAUUCCUCCAUUGCGUCUCUCGUUGCACGGCAGCGGAAUCUCAGAGCCAAGCAAGGCCCACGCGAAUCGUUUCGUCCCGAGCACUCCGUUACCUGGUGCUGCGGCCGCCCGCAAGCAAUCCAGGGCUCGCGCCUUGCAGCUCGCUUCCCUCCUGGACUCUACUACUCACCUAGCCGCCUGGUCGCGUUGUCGUGGCCACCACGCCGACGGACGGAGCGUCACCCGUGAGCGAGCGGUGGCGUCCGUUUCCUCUCGGCGCAGGUGCUGCAGGGCCUGGUAUCCCGCAUUUCAUUUCUACAUAACAUGAGCGUCAACCUGUUUGGGCCAAAACGAGCCUUCACCAUGCGGAGUCCCUUCGUCAGGGCCCUCGUGGCUGCCCUGUCCGUGCUCCUCGUCGUCGUCUUCCUCUUGCGCUCCGAGACGGUGCCCGUCAACACCCAGUUGUUCGGCAAGAAUAGCUUCAAGUCGUCGGUCCACGACCAGCGACCGCUGGACCCAGACUCCAAGAUGCGCACCCCCGUGGUCGGCGGCGACCACACGUCCACGGGCGAGUUCGAGCUGAACUGCAGCGUCGACAUGCCCCAUCUGGCCGGACUAAAGGACCGCUACAACCUCGAGGACAAGUUUCAGUACAUGCGGAGGUAUGUGCGCUUCACGCGCAGGGAGGGACUCACUCGAAAGAGCAUGACCAAGCUGGAUCAGAAGCUGCUCAACGGCGCCUUCAAGACUGUCGACAUCUCCAAGUCGUACGGCCAAGAUGUGUGCGACAAGCCCCUCGAAGUCGACGUGCCCGCAUCGGGCCUCCCCUCGACUGUCGACGCCUCCGACUUCAUGUUUGGCGUUUCCACCACCUACCAGCGCUUCAUGGAUGGUGCCACGACGCCCAUUAACGAGUGGAUCUUUUGGCUGACCGACAGCCGCGGCAACUCGAAUGGUGGUAAGCUGCUGCUCAUGCUCCUCGAUGCCAGCGACGGCGAGCUGCAAGAGGUGGCCAACCUUCUCGGUGACGUGGGUAUCGACGUCGACGUUUACCACUCGGACUCGUCCGUCGAGAUGGCUGUCCGCUACUUCACGCUCGUCCCGACGUUAUACACACACGAGGACGCCAAGAAGAAGAAGUGGCUCGUGACAUGCGACGACGACACCUUCUUCCCCAGUAUGCAUGGUCUCAUCGACAAGAUGAGCACCUUUGAUCACACGCAGGAGAUGUACGUCGGCACCUUGUCAGAGGACGUGGGCGCCAUUGAGCGCCACGGCUCGCAGGCCUUUGGCGGCGCCGGCGUCUUCUUGUCUCUGCCUCUGGCCGAGAAGAUUACGGAGCUCUUCAGCAGCUGCACUUCGGAGCAAAAGGUGCUCGAGUCCAAUUCGGGCUGGGGCCCGCAGGGAGAUAUUCUACUGCGCAAGUGCAUCUACGAGAACACAGACACGCGGCUCACGACGCUGUGGGACCUGUGGCAACUCGACUUCUUUGGGCACCCGGCCGGCUUCUACGAAUGGGGCAUCAAGCCGCUGUCAUUGCAUCACUACCGUGGUGGCGGCUGGCACUCAGCCAAGCCAGGGCAUUACACCAAGAUUGCGCACACGUGCGGCGAAGACUGCACGUUGCAGCGUUUCCAGACGGCCGACGACUUCGUCCUCUCGGGCUACUCGAUUGCUCACUACCCCGAAGGCACCAAGAUCAACUUUAACCAACUUGAGGGGACGCUACACGCGGCACCCGAGGACAAGGGCUGGAACCUCGACUUCAUGUUUGGUCCCCAGCGGAAGUCGCUCGAGAAAACAGGCCGCAAAAUUACAUGGGACAUGCAGGAAUCAGAGAUACAGUCGGACGGCUCGGUGCUGCAGACGUUUACUCGCAAAAAGGAUGACUCGCGCUGGGUGCACGAGGACGGCUCGCCAAUGAGCAACAUUGACGGAAUCAUCGAGCUGGUCUGGAUCCCGUCGCACCGAUGAUGCGUACGUGCUAGUGCCGCACAUGACAGACCGCUGCCGCCGUCUCCAUGACGCUGCACAUGGUCGACUGGCAGGACGGCCGGGCGAUUGCGACGCAUGACAUCGGUCAUUUUGCUGUCGCGCGCGCUUAGUCGCCUCUCGAAUAUUCCGCCCUCGCUACUACGAGCGGCGAAGCGUUCUGUUCACGGAGGAACGACGACCUGAAAUUGGUGUUCGGUCGUGAACGAGACCCCAUGUGUCCGAACAGUGUGUAUACGCCAACAGGUUCACGAGCAGCCGGCGUGGAUGUAUCAAACCUCAUGGGAUAUGGGCGUUCAGGUGUCGCGGCUCCUCGCUUCGAGCAUCACUACAUUUAACACAAUCACGGGGGAAGGGAUUGGGGCGGAGUUUUCAUUCAUGGUGACCACCGCUUUUGCAUUUCCGCGGCUUUGGGGUAUAGGUGUUACGACAACCACCGUCAUUUUGUCCUGCCUCGGACGUCACUCAUUUUCCCCCUUUCCUCUGGGGACUCUGACCCCGCGUGCCUCGGAUAGGCACUGGUAUAUGAAAUGGAACCAUGCAGUAUACUGUACAUACAUGAGCUGGGGAUGGACUCGAUGACCUCGAGAUAAAUAGAGGGAUUGAUCGCUCGAGGACCUGCUGGCUCGUCUUGAUGGGUCUUUUUUUUUUUUUUUUUUUUUUUUUUUUU